AUGGGUGGUUAUCAGCUUUCAGAAUCCAAAAGCAUUGCCAUAAUAAGGUUUUUGGCUUUGUGCCUUUUCAUUGUUUCUUUGAUAAACAUACCAAUUGCUGAGGGUAGAAUUCGUCAUUACAAAUGGGAGAUCAAGUACGAGUACAAAUCCCCUGAUUGCUACAAGAAGUUGGUCAUUACAAUUAAUGGAAAAACUCCAGGACCCACAAUUCUCGCACAGCAGAACGACACAGUUAUUGUUGAGGUCAAGAACAGUUUGUUAACUGAGAAUACAGCCAUUCAUUGGCAUGGAAUUCGUCAGAUUGGAACACCUUGGUUUGAUGGAACAGAAGGAAUCACUCAGUGCCCAAUUUUGCCAGGAGACACUUUCGUAUACAAGUUUGUUGUUGACAGGCCUGGGACAUAUUUAUAUCACGCCCACUAUGGAAUGCAAAGAGAAGCUGGGCUAUAUGGAUCGAUUCGCGUAGCACUUCCUGAUGGAGAAUCCGAACCCUUUGACUAUGAUUAUGAUCGAAGCAUCAUCCUUAAUGAUUGGUAUCACAAGAGCACAUAUGAACAAGCUGCCGGAUUGUCCUCGAAGGCCUUUCAGUGGGUUGGGGAGCCUCAGUCGCUUCUGAUACAAGGAAAGGGAAGAUUUGAAUGCUCCACUGCCAAUCCUCCCCUGAAAGCUGAUGUCUGCAAUAAUACAAGUCCCGAAUGCUCUCUCUAUUCUACAACUGUAGUCCCUGGAAAAACAUAUCGGCUUAGGAUUAGUAGCCUGACUGCUUUGUCAGCUCUCAGUUUCCAAAUAGAGGGUCACAACAUGACUGUUGUUGAAGCUGACGGUCACUAUGUUGAGCCAUUUGUGGUAAAGAAUUUAUUCUUGUACUCCGGCGAGACAUACUCAGUCCUGGUGAAAACUGACCAAGACCCUUCAAGAAAUUAUUGGGCUACUACAAAUGUUGUUAGCAGAAAUGCCACUACUCCACCAGGCUUAGCCAUCUUCAACUACUAUCCAAACCAUCCCCGGAGAUCCCCUCCGACGAUUCCUCCCUCCGGGCCUAUGUGGAACGACGUUGAUUCGCGAUUUAAUCAAAGUCUUGCCAUUAAGGCUCGCAAAGGCCACAUAUAUUCCCCUCCUGCCACCUCUGACAGGGUCAUAGUUUUGUUGAACACACAAAAUCUGGUAAAUGGUAAUGUUCGUUGGUCAGUUAAUAAUGUCUCUUUCAAUUUGCCUCAUACGCCUUACCUAAUUUCGCUAAAGGAGAACUUGCUUCAUACCUUUAGCCAAACCCCACCUCCUGAAGGAUAUGAUUUCGCAAAUUAUGACAUUUGUGCUGUACAAAACAACACCAAUGCUACUACUAGUGACGCCAUCUACAGGCUUCAGUUCAAUUCAACAGUGGAUAUUAUUUUGCAAAAUGCGAACACUAGGAAUGCCAACAAUAGUGAGACACAUCCAUGGCAUCUUCAUGGACAUGACUUUUGGGUCCUGGGCUAUGGAAGGGGCAAGUUCGAUCCAAUUAAUGAUCCGAAGAAGUACAAUUUGGUCGAUCCGAUUAUGAAGAAUACGGUGCCGGUACAUACUUAUGGCUGGACAGCUUUUAGGUUUAAAGCUGAUAACCCAGGAGUUUGGGCAUUCCAUUGCCACAUUGAGUCACAUUUCUUUAUGGGCAUGGGAGUGGCAUUUGAAGAAGGUAUAGAGAGGGUUGGAAAAUUGCCCUCAUCUAUCAUGGGCUGUGGUGCAACCAAGAACUUCCGCAAGCCCUAA